UCACCAAACACCGUCCCAAAAUGCCUCGACGCAGACCCCCGUGCGCUCAGUACGUAUUACGACAGACGGAUGCAACUCUUCUGAAGAGUUCGCAUCCUGCUGUGGUCUCACACGGAUCACCGCCUAUACAGACUCUGGUAGAGGGCAGCUGGACGGAGGUUCGGACCACGGAGAGGGCGCACUGUGAACCGUGCGCUCUCGUAGAGCUCAGGCUACCGGGACUCCGCUACGUCGACCAGGACCAGAGCGCGGUGGCCAGAGCCAAGAGACGGCGGCGGCUGGCGGCAAAUGCGCGGGAGAGACGAAGGAUGCUUGGGCUGAAUGUGGCAUUCGACCGACUGCGCAGCGUCAUCCCGAACAUGGAGAGCGAGCGGAAGCUGUCCAAAUCAGAGACACUGCAGAUGGCACAGAUCUACAUCGCCACACUCAGCGAGCUUCUGCAGGACGAGGGUUGUCAGCCAGAUUUCGGUUACACGCGCAUCGCCGUGACAACGGAGCAGGUGGAUGCGCAGCGCGCCGAGCCAUCAUCCUGCGAUUCCGCAGCAGAGGACACUGAACUGUCCGAACCCGACACGCGCAAUGACGUUCCUGGGCGCGCGGCUAGCCCGGGACAGUCUGAUGAUGAACAUAAGCUCGAGCUGAAAGAGUUGAUGAACUUUUGGGAGAGAACGAGUGGAACAAAAUGAUCACAAAACAGUGUGUACAAAGCGCUUUUUUAUUUCAAUUAUGUAAUGCCUAUUUCUAUGAAGGGAAACUUAUUUUUCUACUUGUUCAUUUAGUUUAUCGUUAUGACUAGUUUCCCAGUCAAGUAGAGGGAACCAGAGAUUAAUAAAUAUAUUCUAUAUGUAUAGAAGUUUCUUGUUGGUGUUUUCCCACCCCUAAA